AUGACUAAAACCUACGGUGAUGUAUUUAAGUUUUGGAUGGGUGAUAGAAUUUGUCCAACACAAAUGUGUCUCACUUUUCCUUUCUCUCAACCUAGCCAUAUUCGCAAUUAUGUCAAAGAUAUUUGUUCUUGUACAACAUAUAAGGUCAAAGUAAACACUGUUGGUUCAUUUUUUGGGGAUCAAGAGAAGGAGUUUAAAGUUUUAAUGGAGUAUAUUCAAAUUUGGUUAUUGGCACUUGCUGGUCUUCGUGCUUUGGGUUUCUCACAAGCUUUAUUCAACAUUGGUAGAUUGAGAACGAAUAUUUAUUCAGGAAAUCCAACUCAAGUUACAGGAUUGACAGCUAGAUUGUUUGCAGCUUGGACAUCGGUGGGUUUUGUUUUGUGUGUAGCAACAGCUUACAACCCAUACAAUCAAACAUUGUUCACUGUAACAUGGACCUCAUUUGUUUUUGUUUUACUUCACUUCCUCGCAGAGAUUCUUAUCUUUAAGAGUUCAUCGUUUAAAGAUGUUUUUCCACUACUCUUCGUAUCUACAACUUCAAUUGUUUGGAUGGUGCCAGAGAUGAGCGUUGGUACCACAAUCUUUUCACCAAUGAAAUAUUAUAAGAAAUAUGCAUUGAAUAUUAUCUUUAGUAUUGUAUUUGCCGAUGAGAUUCCAUACGAGGAGGGUGUUGAUGAAGGUAGAUUAGGAAUGUGA